AUGACGGACAAGGCUGUCGGCGCUGCGGGCUCCCCCACCUCGGCAGCGUCCUUCGCGCCCCCUGUCAUGCGUGACCCAGCUCCGCAAGUGUCCUCUGAAGCUGUGGACGUCUCGACAACGCCUGCUGUUGCGCCCAGACAACAGCAAUCGCCCAAAUCUGCCAGCGGGUCCGGAUCCCGUAAACGUGUCUUCACUUUUCAGAAACGGUGGCUGCAUUCGCUCCCGAUCGUCGAGCGCUCGCUGCCCGAAACGGAGAUGGACGGGCGAGUGCUGAAGGCAGUGCGCACGGCUGGUGGAGCCUCGGCGGCCGCUGCAGUGACAGCAGCAGCAGCUGCAGGCGCUGACAACCAGAAGGACGUGAUCGUCUGCAUGCUAUGCGACGACCCUGCAUCCAAGCGGGAGCUGACCAAGGUGUGGAGCCGUCUCAACUGCCGUCGUGGACGUAUAGAGAAUCACUUAUUAAGCAAGCACCCGGAGUUCAUGCGGUUGCUUAAGCACAAGCGCGAAGCGGAAGGAGAUCUAGCCGUGCAAAUAUUUCUGCAAAACCUUCGGGAAGGCCGUUGUAAUGCACGUACCGAGGUCAACAAUGGGUUGUACAGCCAACUGACAAUUGGUGCUGCUGCGCGCUCAAGUCCUGUUGCGGCUGGUACGACAACGGACAGCGUUGAGCUUCAGAAACGUGCUCUUGGCGAGUACAUGAACGUGCGCGACGAGUUAGAGAGCAGCCGAAAGCGUGCAAAACUCUCUGGUUCUCCUGCAAACGCGAAGGAUACUGCUGUGAUGGCUGCAUCGGCGUAUUCUGCGGGAGGUAUGCUGAUACGCUCAAAUGGUACAGAAGCUGGUGUGGACGGUUUGGCUUCCAGUGUGCUGUACCAAGAUGCAAUGUCUGCGCAGUGGCAAACAGUGUUUUUCAACAAAUUGGUUGUGGUCACCGGCGGAGACAACAAGGCCAUGACGUCAGUAGCGACACAGCUCUGGCUGUUAGGUGCGAACGUGCUGCUCACUUUCAGCAACAUGUCAGCUUUGGACGAAUUCAACACAAAGCAUAUAGGUCGUUUCCCAGACCCUUCCGAAGGCGAGGAAAGCCCGCGCGGUGUAAUGCUGCCCGUGCUAGGGUCAUUCCGGACACAGAAAAGCAUUGCCGAGUGGUGUGGCUCCAUUGCUACCAAGUACCAGCGCGUGGAUUUCCUGAUUAAUUACGCUGGAUCCGAGGUAGUGGAGGCUUUGAACGCAGGAGAAAAGCCUCGAGACCCAAGCGAAGAACCCGGCAUAAUCGCCUCUAGCCCGGCCCUCAUCGAAGCUCUAAGUGAGUCAAUGUCGUCGACUUGCUUCCCAGAUCCUGCAGCAAGCGAAAGCGGCUGGCUAAGUCCCAGCACUGGGACCAUCGUGAACAUUGCGUCCGCCUUGGAUGAUGCUGCCGUGGAGCCGUUGAUCAAAUCUUUAGCUGCCAAGCUUCAGCCACGCAACGUGCAGGUGAAUUGCGUGUUGCUGCCGCCGCAGUCUGACGCUACAGACGUCGAGAUUCCCCAUGACACAGCUACACUGUCGCACACGAUUUUGUUCCUGCUGUCGCCAUCGAGUCGACUAUUGUCAGGCAGCGUACUGCGAGUUCAAAAGGACAAGACGGCGUCAGAGAGGAGAGCAGACGUGCCGUCCGCUGCUGAAGCUGCUGAUGUGAUCAACUCCCAUUCAAUUUAA